AUGGUUUGCUUUUGGCCAUAUGAUUCCUAUAUGCAUCUAGCCAACAAGUUAGACGAGAAAGGUCUGAAGCAACUUAAACCCCUCAGUCCUCACGUUGAUGGCCUCCCGAGACAGCCUCGGAUAUUCCAAUCUCCUCUCGGAAGUAUCGCUAUGGGUCUUGAUCCUGCUGCUGAAUUAUCCUUCAUCGGAGUUUGUCUUGAGUGGACACAAAGAAGUUCACGUUUAUUUGCUCUUCACGAGUUCCUACCAGAGGCGUUUCCACCGAAAACCACUGGUCUUAUGAAUUGCGAUGUCAUUUCUAUAAGAACUUGUAAAGAAGUCGAAGAGCAAUUUCAAGAACUUUUGUCUAGGAAUGGAGUUACCAGGGUUUUAGUAGUUGUAAAGCCACCAAGAGGAUUCCAGAAGCGUUACCAAAAGGAUUCGAAGAGCGAGUCAAGGGACAUGGAGUGGUAUGGGUGGAUUUUUAACCACGAAAUUGCUAACAGAGGAACUCAAAGUGUCUGUCAAGGUGCAGAGAGAACUGGAAACAUGAUGGUUCUCGAAGGAGAGCUUGAGAGACGCACUUAUGUUUCGAUAGCAAAUUAG